AUGCUUCUCUUCGUGGCAAUUUUACUCACUCCUUUUUCCAACUGUCUCCAAACAAAAUUGAUAAAAACAAAAACAAUUCGUUCAGUUUUUGGAAAAUACCUCCAAAAUCAUGUGUUUAAGACAACCUAUCACAGCCAAGAUAUUCAACAUUGCAUAUCAGACUCCUGGGUGGAGAACGAACGUUGUCAAAGCUUUAAUUAUCUGCCAGAUUUAAACAUUUGUGAAUUGAAUGACCGAAGUAAAGAGAAUGCUCCACAUGAUUAUAUCGACAAAGACAGAAGUGUCUAUCUGACCAAUCCGAGAUUUGGGAAGAAAAAG